AUGCAAAUCACUCUCGUCUCUAUUGCCGCUGUUCUUGGUAUGCUUUCUAAUGCUGCCACAGCAUCCCCAAUCAUGAUCAAGCGUCAAGAAGAAGCUGCUCCUUUCACUAUUACCGAGCCUGCUGAAUCCACUGUUGUUGGUUCCGGCCAAAACUUGGCUAUUUCAUGGAUUCCUGGUGACAAUACCCCUUUAACUAUUGGCCUUGCAUCAGCAUCUGGCAACUCAACCCAAGUUCAACUUGCCGAGGAAGUCAAUGGAUCUUCAGGAUCUUACGUUGUUCAGCUUCCUUCGGUGGUGGAUGAUUGCUCACAAUGGAAGAUCAGCUUAGCUCAUGGCGAUGACACAAGUGCUUGGUCAAAGCCUUUCUAUAUCACCACCAGCAAUGAUACCAAUGCAUGUGUCGCCUCUCCCUCUGUUACCCCUACACCUUCAGCAACCAUGCUUCAUGAUCGCUUGUCUGGUGCCACCAUGUCUGCCAGCAUUGAUAUCCUUGGUGAUGAUGGCCAACCUGUUCACAGAGCUGAUUCCGCAAGCGGCUCCCUACAUGGUAUUGCCGCACCUGUCAGCAUGCUCGGUGCCGCCGCCAUCAGCGCUUUGAUCCUCACUUUGUAA